GAGAAACUUCAGAUAGAGGGAGUGAAAUUCUAGAGAGAGAAACCGCCUGCUUAGCUUAGCUUGCCUUGCUUUUGUUUCUUUAUUUCUUCGCCAUUUCCGCCAGCAUAACCGAGAAAGGUUAAUAUCGACAGAAUUUUUCUGCUUGCCGGUUCUCCAUUUUGCUUGAAAUGACCGUUCUAUUGCUAACAAGAUUCUAGGAUUUCAUUUGGUUUAUCCAUUUAUCAAUUGGGGUUUUGGCAAAAGUGAACUGGGUUAAUCUUACACUGGGGGUUUUGGGUGAUAAUUGAAUGGUUUUUGCAGGGACAUUAUAGAAAUAUUGAUUACCAGUAGUUUUCAAGUUGAAAAGUAUGGGUGAUGAAGAGGCUAACAGUGAAAUGAUGCAAAGGCUUCAAUCUUCUUUUGAGACUACGCAAUCAUCUUCUUUAAUGUCUAAACAACCUUUUUCAUCAAUGAACCAACUCGAUAUACCUCAAUUGAACCAGACCCAAAUGCGUGCCAGGCAUUUUGCUCACUUUGCACAGAAUUUUAGCAGUGAUAAUGGCAAAAGAGUAGGGAUACCGCCUUCCCACCCCAAUCAGAUCCCACCCAUUUCGCCGUAUUCUCAGAUCCCGUUCUCUAGGCCAACAAGCCAGCAAAUGGUUUCUCAGAACUUUAGUCCAGGACCCACCCAUUCAAGAUCUUUAUCUCAGCCUUCAUUUUUUUCACUUGAUUCGCUGCCACCGUUAAGCCCGGCCCCUUUCCGUGACUCCUCUUCAACGUCUGCGUCUGACCCAGUAUCAGCUGAUGUGUCCAUGGAAGAAAGGGAUGCAAAUUCUCAUUCCCUAUUACCACCCUCAUCCAUUAAUAGGGGUAAUACUUCAAGAGUUGGUGAGAGCUUGCCUCCACGCAAGACACAUCGGAGGUCUAAUAGCGAUAUUUCAUUCGGGUUUACAAAUGUGAUGCAAUCUUCGCCUCCUCUCGUUCAGUUUAGGGGUUCUGGUGUUUUGGAGCGUUCAGUGUCUGGGAAAGAGAAUUCAGGGUUGGCUAAGCCAGCUCAGCUGGUGAAAAGAGAAUGGGAGAGAGGUGGUGAUAGCAUUAGCAAUGAUGAGGGGAUGGGUGAGAGGAAAUCUGAAGGUGAAGCUGUGGAUGAUUUGUUUUCAGCUUAUAUGAAUCUGGAUAACAUUGAUGCGCUGAACUCUUCUGGAACUGAUGAUAAGAAUGGUAAUGAGAAUCAUGACGAUUUGGAUAGUAGAGCUAGUGGGACAAAGACUAAUGGAGGUGAUAGCAGUGAUAAUGAUGCAGAAAGCAGUGUGAAUGAAAGCGGUAGUAGUUUGCCAGGGGUAGGAUUGAGUUCUUCAACUGAGAAGAGGGAGGGGAUCAAAAGGACUGCAGGAGGUGAUAUUGCUCCAACCACCAGACACUACAGAAGUUUUUCAAUGGAUAGCUUAAUGGGCAAGUUGAACUUUGGUGAUGAGUCUCCAAAGUUGCCACCUUCACCUGGAACUCGCCCAGGACAACUAUCACCUAGCAAUUCAUUGGAUGGGAAUGCCUUCAGUUUGGAGUUUGGAAAUGGCGAGUUUAGUGGCGCUGAGCUUAAGAAAAUUAUGGCAAAUGAUAAACUUGCUGAGAUUGCAUUAACUGAUCCAAAGCGUGCAAAAAGGAUCUUGGCAAAUCGUCAAUCGGCGGCUCGUUCCAAAGAAAGGAAGAUGAGAUAUAUUUCAGAAUUGGAACACAAGGUUCAGACUCUGCAGACAGAAGCUACCACGCUCUCUGCCCAGCUUACUCUUUUACAGAGAGAUUCUGUUGGUCUUACAAACCAGAAUAAUGAGUUGAAGUUUCGUCUCCAAGCCAUGGAGCAACAGGCACAACUCCGAGAUGCUCUAAAUGAAGCGUUGACUGCUGAGGUUCGAAGAUUGAAGCUUGCUGCUGCAGAGCUCAGUGGGGAUUCUGACCCAACCAAGGGCAUGGUUCAGCAGCUUGCCAUCAAUUCUCAGAUGUUCCAGCUGCAGCAGCCACAGUCUUCCCAACAGAACAUCCAUCAAUUGCAGCAGCAGCAACAAUCACCUUCCCAGCUCAACAUGCAUCAGUUGCAGCAACAGCCGCAGCUACAACAACAAAAUGGAAACACAUCCUCGAAUGCAGAGUCUAAUCAAUAGGUUGUGAAGGAUAAGAUGGCUACUGUUGCUUAUUAUUUAUAUUUACAGUUUCUGGUGCUAAGUAUUUGUUUCUUCGGUGCAUUCAUUCAUUAGUUUGCCAUCUCCUAUAGAAGUCGUUAAGGUGUGGUAGCCACAAAUUCGUUCUGCAUUGCAUGUCCAACUCAGAACACCAUUGAAAGUGAUAUACAGGCCUUUAUACGUGUGUUUUGUUGAGACCCUAAAAGGGUUGAACUGGAACUCUCCUUUCCUAAUGUUUGUAUUCGACUUAGUAGGGCAAACGCAUAAUGGAGAAGAAGAAUUCAUUAUAA